AAGGCCGGGGUGAUUUAUACCCGAGGCGAGGGAGGGGCGAGGGGGAUAUAUCUGGGGCUCCGGGCGUCCCUGGCCCCCGUCCCCGCCGUGGCCCACCAUGCUGCUGUUGGCCCUGCUUCUGCUGGGGGCUCUGGCCGCCCUCUGGGUGUGGGGGGCUCCGCUCUUCCACCGGUCGAAGCUCCACCUGCCCCCGCGUGUCCCCGGUUUCCUGCACCAGCUCCGGCCCAACCUGCCCAUCCACCUGCUCCACCUUGCCCAUACACACGGGCCCCUCUACCGCAUCCACUUUGGGAACCAGGAUGUCGUGAUUCUGAACUCCAGGCAACUGAUUUGGGAAGCCAUGGUCAAGAACUGGCUGAACUUUGCGGGGAGACCACUGAUGAAAUCCUCCCAGCUGGUGUCCAUGGGAGGGAAGGACCUGUCUCUGGGCAACUACUCUCCAGCCUGGAAAGACCUGAAGAAGCUCACCGUCUCCGCUCUCCAGCUCGAGAUGCGCAACAAGAUGGAGCCCAUGGUGUGGCGGCUGGCCCACGAGCAGUUCGAGGGCUUCCGGGCCCAGGCCGGCAGCACCGUGGACUUAUUCCGGGAAUUCUCCAAGCUCACCAACCGCAUCAUCUGCACCAUCACCUUCGGGGACUUGGAGGAGUCCACCUUGCAGGACGUGCAGGACUGCACCUCGGAACUGGUAUCUCUGUGGGCCUCCUCGUCCAUCCGCAUCCUGGACAUCUUCCCCUUCCUCCGGUUCAUCCCCUACCCGGCCCUGAGACGCAUGAAAACGUUGCUGAAGAAACGGGACCGGUUCAUCAGAGAGCAGAUGCGGAGGCACAGGGAGACGCAGGUGUCCGGCGUGGUGCGGGACAUGACGGAUUACAUGCUGCGGGAGCUGCGGGAGAAGAGCGGCGCGUGGGACGUCUCCGAAGAGCACAUGCACAUGGCCCUCCUCGACUUGGUGAUCGGGGGCACGGGGACCACGGCGGCCGUGCUGAACUGGGUGGUCCUCUUCUUGCUCCACUACCCCGAGGUCCAGAAGAGGCUGCAGGAUGAGCUGGACUUGGAGUUGGGCCCGGCCUCCUCGGCUUCCUCGGCCUCCCUGCUGCCCUACAAGGACCGGGCGCGGCUGCCCCUGCUCAACGCCACCAUCACCGAGGUGCUGCGCCUCCGGCCCGUCGUCGCCCUGGGCCUCCCGCACCUCACCCUCAGAGAUACCAGCCUCGGCGGCUUCGACAUCCCCCGCAACACGAUCGUGAUCCCCAACCUGUACGGAGCCCACCACGACGCCGCCGUCUGGGAGCAGCCCUUCGCCUUCCGACCGGAUCGCUUCCUGAAGGCGGAGUCGUCCCAGCUGCCCCUGCCGUUUGGCUGCGGGGCCCGGAUCUGCGUGGGCGAGGGCCUGGCCCGCGUGGAGAUCUUCCUCAUUCUGGUCCAGCUGCUCCAGCGCUUCACGCUCAGCCCGGCCCCGGCCAGCGCCGCCGCCCUGCCCUCCCUCACCCCCGACUUCGGAGGCGUCACGAAGAGCCAGCCCUUCCGCGUGCACCUGCUGCCCAGGGGAGGGGGCGGCCGGGCUGCCACCUAAGGGGGGUCCCGGACGCCCCCGCAGGGGCAGGGACCGACGCAGCCCGCAGAGACCCCCUCGCCUCGCCUCGCCUCGCCUCGCCUCGCCUCGCCUCGCCCCGGGGCCCGCGCCCGUUUCCCGGACAGCAUCUGGGCCUAGUAUCCGCACGGCUGCUCUUUUUGUCCGUUUAUUGCUUCUGUACAAACCUCUCCCCCUCCUCCCGUCCCCCUGCCCCCCGCCCCCCAAUCCCUGUAAACAAGCUUUGGAAAACGGCCCUUCUCCCGGCCUGGGGAGGUGGGGGCCGGGGCCUCUCUUCCUCCUCCUCCUCCUCCUCCUCCUCCUCCUCCUCCUCCUCCUCUUCCUCCUCUUCCUCGUCCUCCUCCGCUCCCGUCCCGCCGGGGAGAGGGUCGACCACGGUGCCUGGGGAGGGCGGCCCUUCCCCGUCCCGUCCCGUCCCGUGGGCUCUGAGGGCCAGGAGGCCGCGGGCUCAGGCCCCUUGGGAAGGCGGGAGGUAGCCCCGGGGCCUCAUCUUCAUCUCGGUGAAAGGCACGGAGAACUCGAAUCCCUUCCAGGAGUGCCAGCUGACGCCCUGGGGGCAGAGGAGGAGAGGGGAGGAAGGAGUUAGCGGGCAGGGGGGGCGGCACAGCCCUGCGAGCAGCGCGUUCCCCUCUGUCGGGGCGAGUUCGGCCCCGGUUGCCCCACCGCGGGCCCUCAGCACCCAGUGGCCCCUGGCCCACAGUUGGGGCCCGGGUGAGGCCUUCACUUCAGGCCCUCGGGGCCUCGGCCGUGCCCCCUUCCCCGUCCACGAGGGUAAUAAUAAUAAUGAUGACGGCAUUUA